AGUCUCGUGAUUUUCACUCUUCAUCAUGUCUUUGGAUGAGCAAAAUGAUUGCGUCUUUUAUUCAGCAUCGGCUGGCGAUGCUGGGAUUGGGCUUUUCGCUGCCGAGCCCAUCUCCCCGGGCCAAGAGGUCCUGUCGAUCCGGAGACCCUUGAUCGAAGUUGUCGAGACGAGCAGGCUCAAGGAUACUUGCUCUAAUUGCUUUGCAUGGGUACCCAAGUCUCCCAUCAACUCCAGAGGAAGCCGACUAGAAGGCGUAAAGCUCAAGCAAUGUACUGGAUGUCGAACAGUGGCAUACUGUGGCAAGGCAUGCCAGACAGAAUCCUGGAAGACCCGCCACAAGUAUGAGUGCAAGCUAUUUGCAAAAGUAUUCCCUAACAUUUUCCCAACCGCUCUCCGAGCUGUUUUGCAGCUUCUCCUUCUUCGGGAAAAAGGUGCAUGGUCAGAAACCGAGUGGCAGUCCGUUCUAAGGCUCCAGGACCAUGUUGAUGACUUUCGGCGAGCUGGAAAGUCAUGGCAGAGUAUCGCACUCAUGUCGAAAGGCGCACAUGUCUACUCUGGUACAAGUCUCCGUGAAGAUCAUGUUCAGGCGCUCUUGGGACGAGUUUUGACCAACUCUCUGACCCUUGUCACGCCAACUUAUGAUCCCGUUGGAAUUUGUUUGGAUCCCUUGGCAGCUUCGUCGAACCACUCGUGUGAAUACAACACCGUCGUCACUUUUGACGGCCCGCAGGUGUCGAUGCGGUCUCUCCGAGACAUUCCCAAAGAUGAAGAGAUAACAAUAUCUUAUAUUGACUGUACCAAUUCGAUAUCCAUUCGUCAGUCAGAGCUCUCCAAACGCUAUUUCUUCACCUGCAAUUGUCCCAAAUGUACCAGUGGCCCGACUCAAAGGGAAGAUGUGUUCCUCAACACAGAAAUCAGCCGGUCAGAAGCUGAGGCUGCUGAAGCUGAAGGUUUCUCCCUCUUGGAGGAUGCAAAUCAAUCUGCUGAUCAUCUGACUGCAUUUAACAAGCUCGAGUACGCAAUGCAGUUUAUGCGGAAGCGUUCCCAUUUAUGGUCAUUUGAUAGACAGCCCUGGCCAUCGAUGCGUCAGCGGAUGAGCGUCAGCUGUAUCUCCCUUGGGAAAUGGGACUUGGCCCUCGGCCAUUCCCUGAGGACAUACUUUGACGUUGAUCCCAUUCUAUUCCCUCCACCUUUUCAUCCGGUGCGCUUGGUCCAUAAGUGGACCUUGACAAUGCUUGUCUUGCAUAUUUCUCAGUUGUCUGCCGAAAAGGACCCUUCGGUUGAGAGGCUCCAGGAUUUGGAUCUCAAUUACGGAAAGAUUAUAUGGGGAUUGAUGAUUGAAGUGGAGAAUAAUGUCGACCUCAGUCAUGGACCAAAGAGUACAUUUGCCGGUAUUGUGAAGGAGAAAUUCGAAGAGAUCCGGACAGACAUGACAAGAAAGGAUAACGCUAAGCUUCACUUCAGCCGGGAUGACCUUGAUGCAGAAUGGAAGAAGCUGAGAGAGGUGGCCAGUCAAUUGGGGACCUAGCGCCUUCACGGCUUAUUAUCUCCAUGGCGUUGCGUUGAGCUGCCAUCUGGAAUUCAAAACCUUGUGGCCUCAAUUAUACGGCUCGAGCAGCACUGGCCUGGGAGGUUGGCAUCCGCUGAGACCCCUUCUCUUGUUGGGC